UGUCUCCCCCAAGGACUGCAGUCUGUAGAGUCCUGGAGAGAGGCAAUAUCACAGCAGGAGGUGAGGCGCUCCGACCGCGGAGCAACCCCCCCCCCCAGGGCUCUGCGCAUGCUGCGCCUUUGAAGAGAGUCCAUCAGGUGCAGGCACCCUCCAGUGGCCCCUGGUCACUGGUCCCUGAUCCCACGCCUGGAAAGCUCUGAGGCUCUGGAGGGCCUGUGGGCUGGAGUGGGGCAGAGAAACCAGCUAGUACCACCCUUGGGACCCAGGAACACCAGGGAUCCCUUACCUGCCAGGGACACCAAGGCAGGCCAGGCGACGCAGGGACCUGCUGGGCCAGCAGCCCUGUCAUGACAGAAGAUGGUCACAAACAGUGAGUGUCUGCUCCCCUACUACACGGCCCAGAGCAGCUCUGGCACCGGCAUGUUCAGCACCACCAUGGGGAAGCUGCAGCGGCACCUGCACAAGGGUGAGUACGACAUGUUCAAGUAUGCCCCGAUAUUCGAGAGCGACUUCAUCCAGAUCACCAAGCGGGGAGAGGUGAUUGACGUGCACAACCGUGUGCGCAUGGUGACUGUGGGCAUCGCCUGCACCAGCCCCAUUCUCCUGAUCCCCGAUGUCAUGCUCCUGGCCCGGCCGGCCACCAACUGUGAAGAGUUCGAGGGAUUCAGUCAGGCCACCAAGGGGAAAAGCCGCAAAGGCCCAAAGCCCUUGGAGCUCACCAGGCUUCUCCCCUUGAAGUUUGUAAGGAUCUCUGUUCACGACCGUCAAAAACAGCAGCUGCGCCUGAAGUUUGCCACAGGCCGGUCCUGCUACCUACAGCUAUGUCCUCCUCUUGACGCACGCGAAGACCUCUUCACCUACUGGGAGAAACUGAUUUACCUCCUGCGGCCGCCUGUGGACAGUAAUAGCAGCACCUAUGCCACCCCUGCAGAGGACAUGCUGUGCAUGCCGGCACUGGCCGAUGAGGACAGGACCAGCCUGGCUGCCCAAGACUCCCAAGGCAAAGGCGACCAGGACCAGGUCAGCAUCCGGAGCCUCCAUGUGGUCCCUGAGGUGACAAGGGCCACCUCUGCCGCCUACGCUGGUGGGGAGGGAGUCAAGCCUGGUUCUCACACAUCCAAUGCCACACCAAAAAUAUCUACCUCAAAAUCAAGAUCCACUGAGUUUGCCCAAGACUCAGCACGAGGGACAAAGACAGAGGCCGUGGCAGGUGGGGCAGUAGCGGCGGCAGGGACAGCAGGAGUAGCAGGGACGGCAUCAGGCACCUUGAGUGUGGCGGCAACCAAGUCAGGCUCUGGAGAGGUGAACGCAGCCUUGGCAGGGGCAGCUUCCGUAGGGGAAGGAGAAAGCAAAAGCCCUAGAGCAGGCACUGACAAGACACCCCCAAAGAGCCUGAGUGUUGCCUUGGCAGGGGCCGUGAACCAGUUCUCGGAGCCCAGGUCCGACGGCUUCUCCCCAGAGAACAGCAUGAGCGCUGCAUUUGCAGGAGGAGAAGCCACCAGCAAUGAGCCUGGGAAAGCACCCAACCCCGCAGCCGGGGGAACAAUGGCAAGUAAAAGUCCCAAGGGUGCAGAGGCUGGACAGCAGCGCAUGCCCCCAGCCAGUGAAGCUACUCUCAAGGAACGAAGAGAAAAAAAGAAGAGAGAAGACAGAGCCACCAGCAGGGGCUCCUCUCACCGCAAGACACAUGAAGGUCGCCACAGGACAUCAGAGGACAAGAUGGCCCGGAAGUCAUCUAGUCAGUCCUUAUCCAGCCACAGAACACACAGAGCCAGUAAAAAGGAAACAGGCAGCCACCGCAGUGCCAGGGGUGGCAGGCACAACCGCGCCCCCAAAGGCAUCAGCCGCAGCCCCAUUGAGAAGGAGUCCAGGACCUCGCACAAAUCCGGAAGAAGCUUAUCCACCACGAGCUCAGGUUCCACACCCAAGAGACGCGGCAAGAUCAGCUCUUUUCUGAGGAAUGUCAAGGCCAACCUCAGAACAAAGGGGAUGGCCUCACUGCGUGGUGGUGAUGUGGACGUGGUGGCCAAGACAGUAGAGAAGACCAAAUUGGAGGCCAUUGUGGAGACAGCAGAGAGUGGACAGGGAGUGGAGAUCGUUAGCUCUGUGACAUCCGAGGUCACCGAGGCGGUGAUUGUGGAAGCCCAUUAAAUAGCACCCAGAGCCAGAAGCUCCUAAGGCCCCAGCAAGCACCCUGAGAGAGCCAAUCCUA